UCCAUCAGAACAUUAAUAUAUCCUCAAGCAAAUCCUUGGGCAAAGCAACAACCGGACGAAACUUCUGCACAAGUUUGUCGCUGGGGCCUGACAAGUAAACGAUGAUGAGCUCUAAGAAAGAUUCAAGCAAGGAUGCCAAGCUUUCAAGCGUCUAUCGCCAAGCAAAGCCGGGCGCGCCAGUUGGGCCCGCAACUCCGGCGAAAACCACUCGCGCUAGUGGCAAGCGGAAGGCGCAGGAGCUCGAGAAUGCAACGCCAGCCCCAGAAGUUCUGGCUCGUAGCCAGGGCGAAGGCGCUGUUUCGCGAGCGGACCUGAGCCAGGACGAGCAGAAGCUACGCAAGUUUGACCUGACAACCAAGUUCGGGCCUUGCGCUGGCAUCAGCCGGUUAGAGAGGUGGGAGCGUGCCGCCAAGUUCGGACUGGGGCCCCCUGAGGAGGUGCGGGCUAUCAUCCUGGCCGCGGGAGGUGCGGGCAGCGCAGCGGACAAAGGGCUGUGGCACGAGCGCGUGUAGGGGACUUGCAGCAGGCAGUGGCUAUGAGGCGGCUGCGAGCUGACGGCAGGCGGGCAGGCAGGAUUGAAGCUUUAGGCUGUGUGACAGGCAGGUGCGGCGUUUGGUGAGUUCAUGUCUAUGUGUGUGAUACAGUUGCUGUGUGCGAGGUAUUGGUGUUUGCGGAGAUGGCUGUUUCCGCGGUGGGAACGAAGAGUAUGGGUCAUAUGAUGACGUGGGCAGGUGGAGAGUGAGUGAUUGCGCAGAGUUGUGCGCGACUGACGAAGGACCUAGCAGGUGGUGGAUGCGCGCGCGCGCGUAGAACCCAAGUUGAGGGUUGCAGGGGUUGACCGGUCUGGCAGGUUGAGGAGGUGUAGCGAUGGAUUCCAUGGCUUGAUGCUGCGUAGAUAGGCACGUGACGAUGGCCAGGGGAGGCCACGCCUGCGCGGGACCUGGGAGCGGCUUGGAAGAGUACAUUCGCAGGGCCGUGCAGGGCGCACAUAGACAUUUGUCGGUUCGUUGCAGGUGCAGGCUUCAUCUGCAUGUUGCGGCGAGGAGGACGCGAGGUUGAUGUCAUGUUGAAGCAGUUGGACAUUACUUGGGAGUUGGGCAUGCAGAGCAUUUUUUGGCGGCCGCAAGGGCUUAUACUGUUCGAACAAUGCCAAGAAAGGCCCAGGAAGGCCCAGGAAGUUGCAUGCAAGCUAUCAACAAUGCCUUGUUCGGGAGCACGGCGAAGCGGCUUAUUGAGGAAAAAAAUAGUAAAGGGGCGCUGCACUGGGGACUGGGGGGCAUGCCACGUUUCGUGUCCAUGCAGAUUUGCGCGCGAACUCCGCUGCCUUCCACUGAAGCCCAAGCUUACAAUAAUCUU